AGAAAGCUUACUGGCUUGAAAUUCAUCGAUGAAGGACAUCUGCGGUUCAAGGUCUCAAUUUCGCGGCCGAUUUCGAUGGAAUUUUCGGUACCUUCCCGCCACUGGUACAACGGAUUCAGAGCCCUAAAAAUACAAUUCGGUGAAUGCUGAAUGACACAUUUAGCCUUCUGAUUGCAACGGAUUCAAACAUAGCUGAUUUCUAAUUAAGCUUCCUCAUACCAUCCAAAUAUGGACUUUGCUUUGCGAUUGAAUGCUUCUCUAUGUGGGAUGUAGCUCAACUUUCCCAAGAUUUGAUAGCCAACAAGCCAAUCAUGAAGAAUUUAAGGGAUGGCCACCGCUUGCUUUAAUAUUCCAGCCAUGGCAUCCUGAAGAACAAACGUAAUUUAUGCAAAGAGUAGAUUGAAGAGUGUCCAAUUCUAUGGAACGGUCAACCAAAAGAAUUUAUAAAGUUCUAUUUCCUUAGCAUUGUUGGUGUAAAAUGUUCACUGCUCUUCUUUUAUCUGUCUUAUGUUGAACUUGAUCUACUUUUUUACUUUUCAUUUUUUCUUUAGUCGUGCUUUAUCUGUUUGUAACUUCUUAUCAAUGAGAUCAAAAUUUUUUAUGUUGAUGCCAUGUGAUUUUAAUAAAAUGAUAUGCUUUCC